AUGUCUAAAGAAACGGCUCAACAGAAUUCUGUCGGCGUUGUUCUUAUUGGUCUGCCAAAGACUGGGAAAACGGCACUCGCCUGCCAAUUUUGCGACCAACCCGCUCCUACUGAGUACAAUGCAACGACUAUUGACACUCCAAUGGAUACCACUUUGACUAUAGGAAAAGCAAUGUAUAACUUCACAUUUAAUGACUGUUCUGGAAGUGCACUGUUAAACAGCAGAACCACUGCAAACACAAUACUUUCUAAAGGGAAAAUCCAUAUCUUUGUGGUCUCCCCAACUGAGUCAGACUCCGCAGAAUACAUCCAAGGCUUCUUUAAAGACCUCACAAAAGACUCGGAACCCAUUUACAGAUUCGUCUUUGUCACUCAUAAAGAACAAGAAGACAAAGACGGAGUCGUCGCAAGUUUAAAAGACUUCAUCCCCGACGACUGUAAAAUUUAUCAAUACGACGUGCUCAAUCAAAAAGAUGAAAUUGUCAACAACUUCACGGAUUUCAUGAAGAGAGCACUUGUCGAACACAAAGAACUCUUCGAAGGGUGCCUCGCGACCGAAAAACCAAAAAAGGCACAACCCGCAGACUCGGCUAAACAAGGCGAUGCUCCAAAAAAGAAAAAAGCCUGCUUGAUCUUCUAA